CACGAAGAUCGCAUAUCAAGGAUCGACAGUAGCUGGCUUACUACAAAAUCAAUCGCAUUAAUUAUUAUUCAAGAUUAAUUAGACAGUAUCUUUUAGCCACAUUCUAAAUUAUGGGAGGUUUACACAAUUUCCAUCCGUUUGAAAUAAGCACGCCGCAUCUCGCAUAUGCCAUCUUAGGUGCAUAUGUCGCAGUAUUCAUGAUGUUCUCCCUCUUCAUCAAGGAGAGGCUCUAUAUUGGUGAAGCCGUCACCAGUACCGUUUUCGGUAUCAUUAUUGGCCCCUAUGUUGGAAAUGGUCUCGACUUCCGCACUUGGGGCUCCAACGAUGGACAAGCAGAUGAAGAAAUAACAAAUGAGAUUAUUUUGGAAGUUACCAGGAUAGUUCUAGCGCUCGGUGUUUUUGCUAUUGGUGUUGAGCUGCCGAAGCAGUACAUGAGAAAACACUGGAAGUCUAUUUUCAUGCUGAUCAUACCGAUUAUGUCGUUUGGUUGGGUCAUCUCAGCAGCCUUCAUUUACGCACUUAUACCAGAUCUCACUUACGUUUCUUCCUUAACAAUUGCCGCAACUCUCACCCCAACGGAUCCUAUCUUGGCCGCUGCUGUCAUCGGUGGUAAAUUCGCACAGAAGCACGUUCCAUCACACGCAAGACACCUGUUAUUUGCUGAAUCAGGUUGCAAUGAUGGUGCUGCAUUUCCGUUCUUAUACAUUGGUAUCUUCCUACUAUUAUCUCCUUCAGACGUUCCGUACGCCGUAGAGGAGUGGUUUUUGGUUACUUGGUUGUAUGAAGUAGCCCUUGGUAUCUUUUUGGGUGCCCUGAUUGGAUACUGCGCUCGUAAAUUGAUGAAGUUUUGUGAGGGACGAAACCUCAUCGAUCGUCAAUCAUUCGUUGCUCAGUAUGUCUCGCUCACUUUGCUCACUAUCGGUAUAGGAUUGAUUUUAGGAUCAGACGAUUUGUUAGCUGCAUUCAGUUGUGGUACUGCAUUCGCAUGGGAUGGUUUCUUCAACAAGGCCACAGAAGAAUCACAUUUCUCUUCAAUUCUCGAUUUAUUGUUCAACUGUGCUUGUUUCAUUUUUAUCGGAGCUUUGGCACCAUUUGACGCUUUCAAUGAUCCUUCGCUCGGUGGUAUUACAAACUGGCGCUUAGUUAUUUUAGGGCUUUGCAUUCUCCUUUGUCGCCGUUUGCCAAUUAUGUUGGCGCUUUACAAGUGGAUCCCAGACGUAAAAACGUUCCGUGAAGCCUGUUUCGCAGGUUGGUUCGGUCCAAUGGGUGUAGGAGCUGUGUUCAUUGCUACAUUGGCAGCUACAGAGUUGCCAUUCCCUGAAGGAGAACCACAAAACCAAGCAGAGUUGGUCGCUGUUACUAUUCAACCAAUCGUCUGGUUCAUGGUCUUGGUAUCUACUUUUAUUCACGGACUUUCUAUACCAUUCUUCUCACUUGGUAGACGUGUUAAUACUAUUCGUCAAACCACUUCCUUCGGUAAUACAUUGUCACGCGCAUCACUCACUGAAGGCAAUGAUUGGCUUCAUCGUAUGCGUCAAGUCGUACCGGGACAAGACAUUGUUAUCAACAGAGAUGAUGAGGCGGAGAAGGGAAGUCUCACUCAAUCUUCAAGCACCCAACGUAAAGAAAGUGAGCUGGAAGGCAAAGCCGCGGAAGCUCAGAAAGUGCUUGACGAAACUAGCGAUGACCCUCGUGUGCAAUCAUGGAUUGAGGGUAAUGAUCUCGUUAUAGAGAGGCCGCGUAGUGAUAAUGAAGAUGAUACGGAAGCAACAGUAUUCCAAAAUGUAGUUUCCGACGAUAUGAGGGAGCAAGGAAGACACAGUAUAGUUGCAUCAGUUGCAUUGGAAAUCGAAAAGGAAAUCAAGGACAAGCUUCUUAUACCAAUAUCUGAGCAAGCGCAUAAGAGCCAAGAUAUUCAGGAAGGAAAUAGGAAGUAUUACGCAGUCAAUCACAAACCUGGCACAAAGGAAUCUAUCGCGUCUAAGUUAUUCCAGCAUAGAAAAACACCACCCGCAAAACCAGAACAAAGUUAUAGACCACCAUCGUCAAAAGAUAGUUUCAAUGAUAGUAUAGAUAAACAAACAGGACAAUCAAUUGCAUCGCCGGAGAGUAAUUCAAAUAGCGCUGGUAUUAGGUUUAUCGAUGAGGAGGAUCCUAAUCGUGAUGAACCACACAUACACCCAGCAGAUAAGGAGUAAUAUAUUUUCAUUUGUUUCAAUAGUACUUGCUAGUAAAUACGUCUAUGGAAGACCCUUUUAUUUUCAUUUUAAUUAGUUUGUAAUAUUCAUGAUUUAAUUAUAGAUUUACAA